CGUCUUCGUCUUACUCGCGCCCCUCCGACCCCAACCCAGCAGAGGAGCCCAGCAAGCCGACCAUGGCGCUCGACAAGGCCUCCAACUCAGUCGUCGUCUUCAGCAAGACGUAUUGCCCUUUCUGCGCCCGAGUGAAGCAGUUGUUGGCACAGCUGGGUGCAAGCUACAAGGCCGUUGAAUUGGAUGUGGAAAGUGAUGGAUCUGAGCUGCAAGCAGCUCUUGCCAAUUGGACUGGUCAGAGAACUGUUCCUUGUGUCUUCAUUAAAGGGAAACAUAUUGGUGGCUGUGACGAUACCAUGGCAAUGCACAAAGGAGGGAACUUGGUUCCUCUGCUGACUGACGCAGGAGCAACCACACCUUCACUGUAGAUAAAUACUUUGUGAAAACGUGUUCGUUUUAUGUCGAUGUCAUGGAAUAAAAGCGAAUAUGGGGACUUCCACUGGCACUCUAGCAGAAGAACUUACUGCUGACAGUAGCUUUGGGUGACUGCUAAGCCUGUGUGCAGCACUACUCUAGCUAGCUUAAUUUGUAUGAUUUCAUUGUUGUUAGCAAUAAAGAUGAGUGCGUCCUGUGAAUGAGACUGAUGAUGAAUUGAUGAUGGUCUCUAUUGGCACCGCUCUUUCGGCACUUCAAGCUCCAGCUACCGGCGUGGCCAUUUGCUGUUCAAGAUAUUUGAGAUCGUGUGUUGUUGUGCCACUGAUGCCAUCCACUGUUCUGGGUGGAAGAGGUGCAAAC